AUGACCGAAGAAUACCAACCUCCCGCGCUCCCCUCCCCAUUCACCAACACCACACCCGCCCCCACACUCCUCGUCCAGGGCGCCGAAGCUCACCUCUACAAAACCGUCUCGCUGGACCCCUCCAUUCCCGCCGCGCUCAAAGUUCGCCCCUCCAAACCCUACCGCCACCCCAUUCUCGACCGUCGAUUGACGCGUCAGCGUAUCAUUCAGGAGGCGCGAUGCCUGGUGAAAUUGGUUCGUGAGGGGGUCAGCGUGCCUGCGGUGCUGGCGAUGGAUUGGGAGGGCCAGGGCGGCGAGGAGAGCGCAUGGGGAGGCGCGUGGCUGAUGAUGGAGUGGAUUGAGGGACCUGUGGUUCGGGUGGUUCUUGAGCAGUGGGAAGCGUGGAUGAAGAAGCAUGCGACGCCGCUGGAUGCGAGUCAGAUGCAAGUGGAAGAGGAUCGUGUGCGCGGGUUGAUGAAGCGCAUCGGAUUUACGCUUGGUGGUCUGCAUAAAGCGGGUGUGGUGCAUGGCGAUCUCACAACGAGUAAUUUGAUGCUGCGGUCGCCUGCGCAGGCGCAGCGCCAGGAGACGGGUCUCGCUGCCUCGGCUGUGUCUAUGGAGGGCGAGGUCGUGUUGAUUGAUUUUGGUCUGGCGGCGCAAAGUACGCAAGACGAGGACCGUGCAGUCGAUCUCUACGUGCUGGAGCGUGCUAUUGGCAGCACACAUCCCCGGUCGGAGCAGUUCUUUGAUUCCGUGCUGGUUGGGUAUCGGGAGAGCCACAAGGGAGCCGGUUCUACCUUGAAGAGACUGGAAGAUGUGCGGAUGCGAGGUCGCAAACGCAGCAUGAUCGGAUAG